AUGGCUUUACUCACUGCGGCCGCCCGGCUCUUCGGAGCUAAGAAUGCAUCCUGUCUUGUUCUUGCUGCCCGGCAUGCGAGUGCUUCUUCCACGAAUUUGAAAGACAUAUUGGCUGAUUUGAUACCUAAGGAGCAGACCAGAGUUAAGACCUUCAGGCAGCAACAUGGCAAGACAGUGGUGGGCCAGAUCACGGUGGACAUGAUGUACGGUGGCAUGCGAGGCAUGAAGGGAUUGGUAUAUGAAACAUCAGUUCUCGAUCCUGAUGAGGGCAUCCGUUUCAGAGGCUACAGCAUUCCUGAAUGCCAGAAGUUGCUGCCAAAGGCUAAGGGUGGGGAAGAGCCCUUACCAGAGGGCUUGUUUUGGCUGCUGGUAACUGGACAGAUCCCAACAGAGGAACAGGUAUCUUGGCUCUCACAGGAGUGGGCAAAGAGGGCAGCCCUGCCUUCGCACGUGGUCACCAUGCUGGACAACUUUCCCACGAACCUGCACCCCAUGUCUCAGCUGAGCGCGGCGGUGACAGCUCUCAACAGCGAGAGUGGCUUCGCCCGAGCGUACGCAGAGGGCAUCAACCGAGCCAAGUACUGGGAGCUGAUUUACGAAGACUGUAUGGAUCUGAUCGCAAAGCUUCCUUGUGUUGCAGCAAAGAUCUACCGGAAUCUGUACCGAGAGGGCAGCGGUAUCGGGGCCAUCGACCCCAAGCUGGACUGGUCCCACAAUUUCACCAGCAUGCUCGGCUAUACUGACGCUCAGUUCACAGAGCUCAUGCGCUUGUACCUCACCAUCCACAGUGACCAUGAAGGCGGCAACGUAAGCGCCCACACGAGCCACCUGGUGGGCAGCGCCCUUUCAGACCCCUAUCUGUCCUUUGCGGCGGCCAUGAACGGGCUGGCGGGGCCCCUGCAUGGACUGGCAAAUCAGGAGGUGCUUGUCUGGCUGACACAACUUCAGAAGGAAGUGGGCAGAGAUGUGUCAGAUGAGAAGUUACGAGACUACAUCUGGAACACACUCAACUCAGGACGGGUUGUCCCCGGCUACGGCCACGCGGUGCUGAGGAAGACGGACCCGAGGUACACCUGUCAGCGAGAGUUCGCGCUGAAGCACCUGCCUCAGGACCCCAUGUUCAAGCUGGUCGCACAGCUGUACAAGAUCGUGCCCAACGUCCUCCUGGAGCAGGGCAAGGCAAAGAAUCCUUGGCCCAAUGUGGAUGCUCACAGCGGGGUGCUGCUGCAGUACUACGGCAUGACGGAGAUGAAUUACUACACAGUCCUGUUUGGGGUCUCACGGGCACUGGGCGUGCUAGCACAGCUCAUCUGGAGCCGAGCCCUGGGCUUCCCUCUGGAGAGACCCAAGUCCAUGAGCACAGACGGCCUGAUGGAGCUCGUGGGCUCUAAGUCAGGGUGA